CAGCCCCUCCAUGGACACCCAUCCCCUCCCUCCCCCCGGCUUCCUCCUCAGCAAUGGGAAUGGCCCCUGAAGUAUGAGCUUAGGCCAGGGCCAGCAUAUGGGUGAGGGGGUACCCCCUGGGGCUUGAGCUGCCCCGCACAGGAUGCCCCCUGCCCCCCACUCCAUGCCCUUGCUGCUGCUGCUGCUGCUGCUGUCUCUGCCCCAUGCCCAGGCUGCCUUUCCCCAGGACCCCAUCCCUCUGUUGACCUCUGACCUGCAGGGUACUUCUCCAUUAUCCUGGUUCCGGGGCCUGGAGGAGGAUGCUGUGGCUGCAGAACUUGGGCUGGACUUUCAGCGAUUCCUGACCUUGAACCGGACCUUGCUUGUGGCCGCCCGGGAUCACGUUUUCUCCUUCGAUCUUCAAGCCCAAGAAGAAGGGGAGGGGCUGGUGCCCAACAAGUUUCUGACAUGGAGGAGCCAAGAUGUGGAGAACUGCGCUGUUCGGGGAAGGCUGACGGACGAAUGCUACAACUACAUCCGUGUUCUUGUUCCCUGGGACUCGCAGACGCUCCUUGCCUGUGGAACAAACUCGUUCAGCCCCGUGUGCCGCAGUUACGGGAUAACUUCGCUGCAACAGGAGGGUGAGGAGCUGAGUGGGCAAGCUCGAUGCCCCUUUGACGCCACCCAGUCAAAUGUGGCCAUCUUUGCAGAGGGCAGUUUGUACUCGGCCACCGCAGCAGACUUCCAGGCCAGUGACGCUGUCGUUUACAGAAGUCUCGGACAGCAGCCUCCACUCCGUUCUGCCAAGUAUGACUCCAAGUGGUUGCGAGAGCCACACUUUGUCUACGCUUUGGAGCACGGAGACCACGUCUACUUCUUCUUCCGAGAGGUCUCUGUGGAGGAUGCCCGGCUGGGGAGGGUGCAGUUUUCCCGGGUAGCCCGGGUGUGUAAACGUGAUCGGGGUGGCUCACCUCGGGCCUUGGAUCGCCACUGGACAUCCUUCCUUAAGCUGAGGCUCAACUGCUCUGUCCCUGGGGACUCUACCUUCUACUUUGACGUCCUACAGGCCUUAACUGGGCCUGUGGACCUGCAUGGCCGCCCCGCCCUCUUUGGGGUCUUCACUACUCAAGCCAAUAGCAUUCCUGGGUCUGCAGUCUGCGCCUUCUACCUGGAUGACGUUGAGCGCGGGUUUGAGGGCAAGUUCAAGGAGCAGAGGAGCCUGGAUGGGGCCUGGGCUCCUGUGUCUGAGGACCGAGUCCCCUCCCCCAGGCCAGGGUCCUGUGCAGGUGUGGGUGGAGCUGCCUUGUUCUCCUCCUCUCAAGACCUACCUGAUGAUGUCCUGCUCUUCAUCAAGGCACAUCCACUGCUGGAUCCUGCUGUACCACCUGCCACCCAUCAGCCCCUCCUCACUCUCACUAGCAGAGCCCUGCUGACCCAGGUGGCGGUGGAUGGCAAGGCCGGGCCCCACAGAAACACCACAGUCCUGUUUCUUGGCUCCCACGAUGGGACGGUGCUGAAGGUGCUACCUCCAGGGGGACAGUCUCUGGGACCUGAGCCUGUCAUACUGGAAGAGAUCGAUGCCUACAGCCCUGCCCGGUGCGGUGGGAAGCGCUCAGCCCGAGCUGCGCGGCGGAUCAUCGGGCUGGAGCUGGACACUGAGGGUCACAGGCUCUUUGUGGCCUUUCCUGGCUGUAUCGUCUACCUCCCACUCAGCCGCUGUGCCCGGCAUGGGGCAUGUCAGAGGAGCUGUCUGGCUUCUCAGGACCCGUACUGUGGCUGGCAUCGGUUGAAAGGCUGUGUGACUAUCAGGGGACCUGGUGGGACUGAUAUGGAUGUGACUGGGAACCAGGAAUCCAUGGAGCAUGGUGACUGCCAAGAUGGAGCUACUGGGAGCCAGUCCGGCCCUGGAGACUCUGCUUAUGUGCUUCUGGGUCCUGGCCCUUCCCUUGAGAUCCCCAGUUCCCCCAGUGAUGCUCACCCAGGGCCCCAGUCUUCCACUCUUGGAGCUCACACGCAGGGCGUGCGCAGGGACCUUCCCCCAUCUUCAGCCUCCCGCUCCAUCCCCAUCCCACUCCUCCUGGCCUGCGUGGCGGCGGCCUUCGCCCUGGGCGCCUCCGUCUCCGGCUUCUUGGUGUCCUGCGCUUGUCGUCGCGCGCACCGCCGUCGGAGCAAGGACAUCGAGACCCCGGGGCUGCCGCGCCCUCUCUCCCUCCGCAGCCUGGCCCGGCUGCACGGUGGCGGUCCUGAGCCCCCGCCUCCGCCCAAGGAUGGAGAUGCCGCCGCCGCGCCGACGCCACAGCUCUACACGACCUUCCUGCCGCCGCCCGAGGGCGGGGGACCCCCGGGCCCGGAGCUGGCCUGCCUGCCCACCCCGGAGUCCACGCCCGAGCUGCCGGUGAAGCACCUCCGCGCCUCCGGGGGUCCCUGGGAGUGGAACCAGAACGGGAACAACGCCUCGGAGGGCCCGGGCCGCCCACGGGGCUGCAGCGCGGCGGGCGGGCCCGCGCCGCGCGUGCUGGUGAGGCCGCCCCCGCCGGGCUGCCCCGGGCAGGCGGUGGAGGUGACCACGCUGGAGGAACUGCUGCGCUACCUGCACGGCCCGCAGCCGCAGCCGCCGCCCCGCCAGGGCGCCGACGCGCUCUCCUCGGCCCCGUGCCCCUCGCGGCGGCCGCCCGCCCCGGAGCCCGGCGCCGCCCUCUUCGCGGACUCCAGCCCGCUGCCGCGGGACUGCGCGCCGCCGCCGCUGAGGCUCGACGUGCCCCAGGGCAAGCGCGCGGGCGCGGGCGCGGGCGGGCGGCCCGCCCUCUCGGCCCCGGCCCCGCGCCUGGGCGUCGGCCGCCGGCUGCCCUUCCCCACGCACCGCGCGCCGCCCCCGGCCCUGCUCACGCGCGUGCCCUCGGCGGGCCCGGCCCGGUACUCCGGCGGGCCCGGGAGGCACCUCCUCUACCUGGGCCGGCCCGACGGCUACCGCGGCCGCUCCCUCAAGAGGGUGGACGUGAAGGCCCCGCUGUCCCCCAAGCCGCCCCUCGCCGCCUCGCCGCCGCCGCAGCCCGCGCCGCACGGCGGCCAUUUUAACUUCUGACCGACGCUGCUCGCGCCCGUCCAGGCGGCCUCCCCCGGACUCCGCGGGGCUCCCGGGGCGCCCCGUCCCGCCCGCCUCGGUUUAUUUAUUGACUUUGUCUUUGCCCGCGUCCUAGAGAGAGAGGCCAGUGGCUCGCCGCUCGGAGCGCCAGCGUUCCCGGGGACCUGGCCGGCUCCCACUCCCCGCUCCCUUCCAGCCAUGCUGCCUUAAGUCGCCGCUCCGGGCUCCCGCGGACCGGGCCCCGGGCGGGCCGGCCCGGGCUGGAGCCGCGCGCUACCGUGUACAGAGUCCUCGGGCCUCGCGGGGCCGGGACGUGCCGCCUCCUACUGUGUAGGAGCCCCCGCUCCCCAAUACAGCCGUGUCCCCCCCGGCCGCUGCCUGGCUCGUACUCGCGCGGUGCGGGAGGGAGAGGAGAGGGCCCUCGGGGGGCCGGGGGCCCCUGAAUGCCUGCCUCCGCUUCGCCCCGGCCCCCCGAGUCUCUCCAGAGCCCUCGGCUCGGCAGCUCUCCUCCCACCGGGGUUAAUCAGGAAAGGUUUCCUGAAGGAGGCAAGCGAAGACAUGGUGUGUGUGUGGGGUGAGCCAGGGCCCAGGAGAGCCGUGGUGCAGAUCCGGGGUGCAGGGGAAGGCCCGCAGCAGGGUUCUGGAUAGAGGGCAGGCACCUUUCCAUGGCCUACACGAUGGGGGUGGGGGAGGGAACUUUUGGAGAAAUAAAACGAAGCUGCUGCGUGA